AGUUUGUUGUCGUUUCUGUGUGUGUGUGUGUGUGUUAAAUAAUGCUCCAAAUACGAGCUCCGAAAAUAUUUUUAAACAAUCGCGUAUUAUAAAAUAGUUCUUUUUUUCUACGUGUGACAAAAGAAAAUAAAUUCAUUUCCGUUAAGUGAAUAUUAAUUCAGAAAAAAAGAUUAUAAAAUGUGAUUUCGGUAUAUUAAUAACAUUUUGAGGUUAGACUUUUAAAUUUGUAAAACAUUUAUAAUCAGAAAUUAAAAGUAUAGAAAUUUUUGUUUCAAAAAAAAAAAUAUAUGUAGUUAAAUAUAUAUAUGUAAAUAUCAGGAAUUUCCUGAUACAUAUAUAAAAUAAAAAUAAAAAUUGUGCCCGUGUGUUUGUGUAUUAUGGAAAAAAAGUUGGAAAUUACAACUGAUUCAGGUGUUGAAAUGAGUGAAGAAUCGGGUCAAAAUUUUGAGAGUGGCGAAGUGAAAAGUCCUAGGGAAAAAAAUGAUAAUGAUGAAUUGGAAAUUAAUGAGGAACAAAUAAGAAAUUGUGAAAAAACACCCGAACAAAAUGAAAAACAAAUAGAUCAUUCUAUUUUCAAUACUAUUUCAAAAAUCGUCAAUCCUGCAGCCAAGGUGCCAGAGAUAACGGAUUUCAAAAUAGUGAAACCAAUCAGUAGAGGUGCAUUUGGAAAAGUUUUCCUCGGCUACAAAAAAACAAAUCCAGAAUUAAUUUACGCUAUAAAGGUAAUGAAAAAAAAUGAAAUGAUCCACAAAAAUAUGGCCUCACAAGUUGUCAUUGAACGUAAUGCAUUGGCAAUAACGAGAAGUCCAUAUUGUGUUCAACUUUUCUAUUCACUGCAAACGCUCAGCAAUGUUUAUCUUGUGAUGGAAUACAUGGUGGGUGGUGAUCUCAAAAGUCUUGUAAGUUAUUGUGGUUUUAUGGAAGAAUCAAUGGCGGCAUUUUACACCGCUGAAGUCACUCUCGCUCUCGAGUAUCUUCAUUCACAUGGAAUUGUACAUCGCGAUCUUAAACCCGACAAUAUGCUUCUUUCACGAGAGGGUCACGUGAAAUUAACCGAUUUUGGCCUCAGCAAAAUAUCAACUCUUCAUAGGGAUCUUGAAAUCUCGGAUCUUGUUAAUUGUACACCAAGUCUCUGUACCCGAACUCCAGGUCAAUUAUUGUCACUCACUUCUCAUCUUUCCUUUGGAUCGGGACAAAAAACAAACAAUGACUCAAAUCAUUUUGAAUUCAGUGGUGGAAGUGAUCUUGUUUGUAAUUUACUUCCGACACUUCAACGCAAAUCUAUGCAAAUGUCUAUGAGUUCCAUAUGUUCAACACCGCCUGGUGAUCGUUCCAAUGUCUCGGGUAUUAAUCCCUUUCAAUCAGCUGAAGAUUUACUUAAAUAUACAGAAACCAAUAAUGAUUUGAUUAGUUCCGGAAGUUAUCAUACGUGCGAAGCAUUUUCGGAUAAUGCAUUUAAGAGACGAAUUUCUCCAUUGGCUGUUAAUAAUGGCAAACAUUCUGAGAAUGAGGAGGAAUCGACUUUGGAGGCUGAGAAGACGCGUCAUCAUCAUAUUGUCAGUCCAUUGAGUAGUUGUGUUAAUUCAUUUGCCAGGGGUACCAAGAGAAAACGAUUGCAUCAUAAUGCGGGAAGUACGGGACUUACGAGGGAAAUUAAUCUAAUGGAAUUGGAAGGCGGUGAUCUCACGCCAAAGAGAAAGAAUCGAGGUCAUAUUUUUAAUUGCAAUAAAACGCCAGUUAGUGUUACAUCAAAAUUGAGAGAUGAGGCCAGAGGGAAAAGUAAUUCUGAAGGUGCAUCAGGUGGAAGAGUGGCAUUUAGCACACCAGUAUCGGAAAAUAAAGAUCGACACUGGCCUGAUAGGAAACAACAAUUGAUGCAGGAAGAAAAAAAGGGAAUUGUCAAAACGACGAGAUUUGAUUUACCUCCUUCGAAUUCGGCUCCCGAUAUAAGUGUCGAGAGUUUAAAUGUGGAACAUAGAUCUCCGCAGGGGAUUUCGCCGAUUAAAACGCCUGCAAGAAGCGGUGGGGAUGUGUACACACCUUUUAGAACACCAAAAUCAGUGCGAAGAGGUGUUCAGCAAGUUCUAAGUCGAUCAGACGAGAGAAUUCUUGGUACACCGGAUUAUUUGGCACCGGAAUUACUCUUGAGACAAGGUCAUGGUCCGGCUGUCGAUUGGUGGGCAUUGGGCGUCUGUUUAUAUGAAUUUUGCACUGGUGUACCGCCGUUUAAUGACGAGACGCCGCAGGCGGUGUUUGCAAAUAUUCUCGAUAGAAAUGUAACGUGGCCAGAAAAUGACGAAGCACUUUCCGAAUCGGUGACAAAUGCCAUUGAUGCAUUACUUACACUCGAUCAAAAUGUUCGGCCAACUGCGGCCGAGGUGCGGAAAAUGGCGCUGUUCAAUGAUUUUCCAUGGGACGAGCCACAAAAGGCGACGCCACCAUUUAUACCACAGCCUGAUGAUAAUUACGACACGUGUUAUUUUCAAGCACGGAAUAUCAUGCAACACUUGAACGUGAGCAAUUGUGAGACGUAACAUUCGUAUAUAUAGAAAAAAAAGUAUUUUAAUUAUAUUAGAAAAGAAAAAUAAUCAGAAAUUAGGGACGUAAAUUUUAUUUUAUUUUAUAUACUUGAUCGUAUGUAUAUAGUCAUAUAAAAUAAUCUAUAAAGGAAUGUGCUUUUUGAAAGAAAGAUUUACAAUAUAAAAAAAUUGAUUUUCUUUUUAAAUCGGUUUUUACUUUAGUA